UAUUUUUCGUGCCUGCUGCACAAGGACGCGAUCGCUGGAUUAAAGUAAAGUCUCAGACACACACAGACUCUUUAAGUUACCAGGUGAUUGCAGGUGUGAUACUCAAUAUUCAAAACUUAUCAUUUCCUUAAAAAACUUUUUUUUAAUACCAAUUUCCGUUCCGUAUCAACGGACAUUUUUACGAAGAGAUGGGUGUUCGAGUACUUUCUGCGAUUGUUGUUCUUAUCAGUAUAACUGUUGCCGUAAAUGCUGGGGAUAUGAUGAGAAAAAGUAUUGUAUUUGAUAAAAAUACACCUGAUGUAUUUUAUUGUCCGCAACACAAACCCACGGGGUUUGAAAAAAUGAUCGUCAAAGCGAAACCACUAUCAAGAUUAUGUCAAUUUGAAGGCGGGCCUAUUCCUGAAGACUAUAAAAGUGAUUGCUAUAAUGACGUUGACGAAACAGAGUACGCUUGUAAAGAGAAGUACAGAAUUAUGAUGCGCCUUCACCCGCCUAACAGCGAUACCCCAUACAAUGGUACCAGAUUAUCAAAAUUUAUAGAUUCCAAGGACACUAAUUAUAAAAAACUCAUUAAGUGAUUAAUUGAAUUAAAAGACAAUAAACCUUUAGCUAAUUAUAAAUUAUUUAGUUAAUUAUAAAUAUUACAUAAACUUGUGAAUAAUAUAAAUUUAUCGAUUAUGAUAAUAAUAGUAAUAUUUACACGUUAUAUUUAUGUAUAGACAAGUUGCGUAAUUAAAAAUAUGUAUACAUAAUUUAUUAUAAUUAUAAAAAUAAUAAUCGUAAACGUUGAAUAAAUUUAAUAUAUAUAU